CUGAAUAUAUUCAUUUUUGUUUGUGUUUUGGGGUUUAAGGUGAGGGAAGAAGAAGAAGAAGAAAGAGGGUUUUCUUUCGGUUUCUGCAGUUUACUGCCUCCAAUGGUUUCGCUAUCAACUUGGGUUCGAUAUUUUGCUCACAAGCUCGAAUACUCCGUCUCUCUCAGCUGGAAGAACUAUAAAGGAGGUCAUAUUACAGAUAGAGAGGUCGGUGAUGUUGUUUGGAAGAACUUCUUCCAGGGAAAGUUGACAUACACUCACUGGAAUAAAGGAGAGGAAAUGGCCCCUACUAUUGCUGGAAAAGCAGCGACACUUCUUGUUCGGAAAUUACCGAAUCCUGACCCAACGCAUGUUUUUGUAGGAGAUGUUGUGGUCAUGAAGGACCCUCAGAAGCCAGAUAACUACCUAGUUAGAAGAUUAAUGGCGGUUGAAGGUUAUGAAAUGGUUUCUACUGAUGAAAAAGACGAGCCCUUUGUUCUUGACAAGGAUCAGUGCUGGGUAGUGGCUGACAAUGAAAAGUUGAAAGCAAAGCAGGAAGCAAAUGAUAGUCGAACAUUCGGUCCAGUUCAAAUGACAGACAUUGUAGGCCGAGUCAUAUAUUGCCUACGAAGUGCAGUAGACCACGGCCGUGUACACAACAGUCAUUUCGGCAUGCGAAAGGAUUUGCCAGUGUUGGAAGUGGAACUCGAUGUUGACGAGAUGGCAAAGAGUCACAAAGCCUAGAAAACUCCCCGGCUCGCUAAGCGCUGACUUGUCUAUUUGAUGUUUACGUUAGUUUCUUCUUGCGGAUUUUCUUCGAAUUGAGAGGAGGAAUAAAAACAAUUAUGAUUUUUAAAGCUAAGAAUGGGAUGAUGGUGAAUAGAUAUAAUGUGGAUUUUCAAGCUCAAGUUCUUCAACAUUAUGGGCAAUUUGUAAGCACAAGUUAUUGUAAGCUCAAGUUGUAGCAAUGGGCAAUUGUGCCGUCUUGUUUUCUGCGCGCAACUUUGCAAGUCAUUUGACUCAACUUAACCAAGUAUGAUGAAAAAUGGUUGCAUUGUUUGGAA